CUCUGUUUCCGCUUCUAGGCCUCAAAGGACAAAGGAGGCCAAUGGCCAUGUGAACAUUCGAAAUGCACGAUUCGUUUAUCGGCACUGCGGACGCCAGCCCGUUCGACGAGACUCUUGCCCUCCGUGCCCUCAACCGUGACGUAGCAUCGCUCCUCAGCUCUGCCUACUACAGACACCGCCUCCACCGCUCGAACAGACUCUCAGCCCCCAUCGCAUUCAGUGUCAAAAACAGCCCCAGCCACAUGAAGGCGUGUUGCCUUGCAGAGAAGGGCGGCCCGUGGGCGAGAUGGAGGCAGCUGGUGCAGCUCGUCGGCGAAGAGGUCAUCUGGGUAACCGAUGACGACGAUAUAGCACGGUUCGGCAGCUUCCGUGAGUAUCGGGCCCUUCCGGAGGCCCUUGCUCAGCUGCGUCUGUUCGGCCCUCACGUGACGGAGCGUGACUUAGUGCAUUUCGGCGUUGAUGUGACCCCCUCGUCCCCCCCUCUCAGCCCAAGCCCUUCGUCGUUCCGCUUCGCACAUGCGGCUGCCCACGAGCUCGACAGGCUGCUGUUUGAGGUGGUCAGACCAUCGUCCACGAGUGCCCCAUCUGGCCCUGUGCAGUGGUCGCUCGAUGCCACAAGGAAGACCGUCAAUAUGGUACGGUGACAAUGACACUGUGCUACCAGGAGUGCAUCGCUUUGGUAUCUCACUCUUUGGCUUCUGGUGUGUUUGUGUGUGCAGGAUGGUCGCCGUUCGGUGCAGUUUAGUGUGGAGGCCGACCCGCCGGUGUCCUGCCAGCACGGCCGCUUCAGAGCCACAUUUGGGAGCCUCUCGCGCAUGGUGUGUGUGGCCUACGUGGCCUCACGGAUGCGCAGAGGGGGCGGCACUCGGAUGAGAGGACACCUCAACGGCGCGUCGCCGACCGACUUCGCCCGUGCGCUCGCGCAUACGGAUUCCGAGGACAAACUGGCGUCGAUCGAGACGGCCACCCUCCCGCCACUCUACAUGCCCCUGCCCUCUCGCGUGUGCUGGCUGCUGUCCAACGACCACGGCCAGGGGGGCGAGAGGGCGCUGGUGGUGUUCACGGCGAGUGACAGGGUGCUGCCGCUGUGUGAGGUGUAUGUGGGGGCCGGGGAUGACGGCGGCUGGGUGAGAGGGGCGCUGGAGAGGCGCAUGGGCAGUCUGCUGGGCUGUGAAGGGGUAACAGCGGUCCUUGCAUAGGCGAAGUGUCUACACGUGUCAGAUGCCUUGUGUGUGUCUGUCAUGACUUGGAGGGGACGUUUUGAGUGUACAGCUUUGCCGUCCGAUUGUGCUGCUUUUCCAUGCGGCAUGGAACCCAACGGCAUCAUCCAUUGAGCCUGGGAAUGCCGUGCUGUGUUCAUGAUCAGCCAGAACAGCAGGGAGCAGCACGGUGGCAGGAGUGGGAAGGAAUGGAUGCGUGACUGCAGACAUUUGUCAACUUCUCUCAAUUUCUCUGAAUGGCACUGACAUUCAAGUUGAGGAAGAACACACAAGCG